AGUUCACACAACAAAUAAAAAGAACAUAUCCUUUCUUUCUCUGGAUUCAAAAGCAAAGCAAAAGAUGCAGACAUUCGAAUUGUUAUCCGGUGACCCGAGUAAAGAAGAUGAAGGAUUCCGUUUUGAGAACUCUCUCCAAGAACUCAGAGAGUUGCGGUCUCAGCUUCAUUACGCCGCCGAUUACUGUGAAACCACAUUCCGGAAUUCCGAGGAGAAGAGAGCGGUGGUGGAGAACACGAAGGAGUACAUACGCAAAGCGGUAGUGACUUUCGUCGAUCACCUAGGGAACGUCUCUGCUAAUCUCAACCGCUGUAUCGCCGUAACCAAUGAAUUUUCCGACGCCGAGCUUCGCAUCGACUGCCUUGGACAAAGACUCCUUUCUUCCCAACUAUACGCCGAGAAGCUGGCUUUGAUGAGAGUGCAGUGGAGUGCGUAUUCGCCGAAACAUCACCGGCGUUACUUAUCUACAUGCAAUUACAAUAAUCAUUCCAGUGAUGGUAUUGCUUCAAAUUGUGCAAGACGGGUAGAUAAGCGGGAGCUUGAUAUGCCGCUUUUCUUGUACACCUCCACCAACAUUUCUUCUUCUCCGCUGAAAAAUACUGAUAAAUGCGACUCGGAUUUGGCUCAUGUGCCUGUUGGUGAUGGCAUCUCUGUAUUAAGUAGAAGUCCGAAUCCAAAUUUUCAUUUUCAAACCUGUCCCCAGAAACUUGGACGAAGAAGCUUUUACAGAAAAGCAUUGCAGAAUCCGGAUAUCUUAUCUAUCCUUCAACGUGCCAAAAACAGCAGCAAUAUGAGGUUUUCAAGCUAAGCAGCCAGUAUUUCUAAUUAUGUACUUUCAAAAUCCUGUCCGUAGGGAGCAAACCAGUGGCUCUCCUGUAUUUGUAAUGAAUUAGUCCUGUUAUUAAAUCGGUUGAAGUUAUCUUUUUC